AUGGGCAAAGACGUGUGUCGGCCGUUAGAGUGUCCGCGAUGUGACAAUGCAUGGGCUUUGUGCACCGGUAGUACCUGGCGAUGCGAGACUUGUAAGAAGACGAUUGCGGCGGAGGACUUGAAGGCAGCGAUGGCAUUAGAAACGGCCCUGGAACGAAAUCUCGACAACGCAAAAGAGCAGAUGCUCGUCGCGGGGAAGUCGCCGUCCACCAUACGUGCGAUGGGUAUGGCGCGAGAUGCCAUUGCCGAAUUUCUCUCGCCAUUGCACUACUUGCAGUUUGAGAGCCUCAAGGUGGUGGCCACUACGGCGGCUUUUCUUGCUCGAGAAAUGGAUGCCAAGUCGAUAUUCGCAACUGAGGUAAAUCCUAAAGUGGCAUACAAGCGCGCGGCAGAGGCGUGGCGCGACUUGGUGCGUCGUCGGGAACAUGCGAGUGCCGUGAUUGAAGGACGGUUGACCUUUGACGACGCGUGCCGCCGCCUCCACGAGUUGAAUCCGCCUUGGGACGUUGCAGUGCCGUCCUUGCAAUGCAGUUCGAACGAGGCAUUCUAUGCAGGCGUGGACUUCUUGAAAGCAGGAUGUCCGCGCGAGGCAGCCGACAUCUUCCGCCGCCACCUCGACGGCAUUCUCUUCUCGCUUAGUCCAAUCGACCCCGACACGGAUUUCGUCCGCGCUGUGGUUUCAAAGCAUUCUUCUUGA